UAUGAAUGUGCCUACUUCCGCUGCUCUUGUCGGAAACAUGGCGGCGCACAGCAGUUUGACGGCUCUGUUUCCCAUUCAGAGCCAGUUAGAUUACGCCCUGGAAGACGCAGUCACUCAAGAAGAGAAGGAAAAUCUGGUAUAUCAGUAUUUACGAAAGUUGGACGAAAAGGAAGAUUUGAAGAUUCCUGAUUUUGAAAAAGGGCUGGAGUGGCUAAACACUGAGGGACCGCUGUCUCUGCAAAGGGAAUUAUCAGGCAAAGUGGUGGUGCUGGACUUCUUCACCUACUGCUGCAUCAAUUGCCUGCACAUACUGCCUGAUCUGCACCAACUGGAGCAGCUUCACACUGUUAAAGAUGGCCUGGUUGUGGUAGGUGUUCACUCUGCUAAGUUUCCCAACGAGAAGGUUUUGCAGAACAUUUGCAGUGCGGUGUUGAGGUACGGGAUCACUCACCCAGUGGUGAACGACAGCGACGCUCAGCUGUGGCAUGAGUUGGAAGUGUCCUGCUGGCCCACCCUGGUGAUUCUGGGACCCAGGGGGAACCUACUGUUCUCGCUGGUGGGUGAAGGGCAUCGAGAACGCCUCUUCCUGUUCACCGCUUGUGCUCUCAAGCACUAUGGACAGCAGGGUUUGCUCAAAGACCAUGCUGUGGAAAAAAAACUCUUCAAGGACUCCUUACAACCUUCCAUGCUGUCAUUCCCAGGAAAAGUGGCAGUUGAUCCCAAAAGCAAGAACCUGGCCAUUGCAGAUACAGGACACCACAGGGUUCUGGUGGUGUCUAAUACUGGACAAGUCCUCUACUCUGUGGGGGGGCCUGAAAGUGGAAAUCGGGAUGGGGAUCUGUCUGAGGCACAGUUUAAUUCUCCUCAAGGAAUAUUCAUGAAAGGAGACACUGUGUAUGUGGCUGACACUGAGAAUCACCUCAUCAGGAAGAUUGACCUUUCAGAAAGAAGAGUUACAACUUUAGCCGGCGUCGGCAUGAAAGGCACAGAUAUAGUAGGUGGAGCAAUGGGACUCCAGCAGCCAAUCAGCUCCCCCUGGGACAUAGUCCUUGGUACAGCAGGUGGUACAAAGGAUAACGUGUUGUGGAUCGCAAUGGCAGGGACACAUCAAAUCUGGGCUCUGUUCCUAGAGGAUGGGAAGCUGCCCAAAGGAAGUGAGUAUAAAAAGGGCGAGUGUGUGCGCUUUGCAGGCAGUGGGAAUGAGGAGAACAGGAAUAACGCGUACCCUCAUAAAGCUGGCCUGGCUCAGCCGUCAGGUCUGACCUCUGCCCCUGAAGAGCCGUGGAGUUGCCUGUUCAUCGCCGACAGCGAGAGCAGCACCAUCCGCAGCCUUUCUCUGAGCGACGGAGCUGUCAAACAUGUAGUCGGAGGGGAGAGAGACCCCCUGAAUCUGUUUGCGUUUGGAGAUGUGGAUGGGAAGGGGGUGGAUGCUAAGCUUCAGCACCCUUUAGGAGUGGCCUGGGAUGCCAGUAACAGCCUGCUCUAUGUGGCAGACUCCUACAACCAUAAGAUCAAAGUUGUGGACCCUAAAACUAAGCAGUGUAGGGUGCUGGCAGGCACUGGGGAAGCAAGCGACACAUUUGGCCCAAGCUUUGCAGAGACUAGUUUCAAUGAGCCUGGGGGUCUCUGCAUGGCCGAGGGGGACACGCUGCUCUACAUAGCAGACACCAACAACCAUCACAUCAAAGUGCUGGACUUAGAGACCAAAACAGUGUCUAAGUUCCUCCUUUCAGUGGUAGAAGUUGAUUCUUGCUUUGCAACCGCUCCUUCUACUGCUGCAGUUGUAAAGGUUCCCAAGCUCCCGAAGUCGGCUCCAGUGCUCAGCAUGGCUACGCUGCCUGUGUCAGCAGGGCAGGUCAUUGAUAUUCACCUCAGCCUGACUCUACCUGCUGGAACCAAACUGACCAAGGAUGCCCCCAGCUUCUGGAGUCUCUCUGCUGAAGGUAAUGAAUGGUUACUGCAAGGACAUGCUGUGACGGGAAGCAUCGCAGAUCUCUCCCAGCCGCUCUCCAUUACCUGCACGAUUCCUCCUCGACCGCAGACCCCUGACCCUGCACUGACCCUCAGUGCCUGGGUCUACUGUUGUCUCUCAGAGGGAGGAGCCUGCAUGAUGAAGGCUGUGUCAUUCAUACAGCCUCUGCACAUUGACUCCACUUGCAAAGAAGGCGCUGUAGCUGUGACAUUAGCACAUGUCUUCUGAAACACACUCGCUUUUUCAGACUUUCUACGGACUGUGCAUAUUCAGUGUUUUCGCUACAAAUAGCGCCAGUACAGAUACUGUUACACGUGCAAAUGCUUACAUUAAAAGCUUACGUUUACACGCGUAUACUGUAAUGAAUUGUAAUGACAACAUGGGUGCUUGUCCACUUGAAACAUAUGCAACUAUGUUAUUCUAGUAACUAUUGUACUAGUAACUAAAUUAGCAGCUCCAGCACAAGGUGCCUUUUUUUUUUUUUUUUUUUUUUUUUUUUUUUUUUUUUUUUUUUGCUCAGAAGCACUUAUUACCUAACUGCAUCAGUCCUGCUUGGCUCAAGGCUGUGUGCAGUCAGGCACUCAGAUCUGUUUUUCUCUACAUAUCUGAUGUAGCUUAUCUUUUCAGCAGAAAAACUACUUCUACCAGCAUUAUUUUUCAGCAAAUGAUCGCAUGUCUAAAACACAAAUCUGAAAAGAUCACAAAUCUGUUUGGAGCAUACCACUAUAUUCCUAAUAGUAUAAUUUUGCAAGUUUAUUUUAGAUAAAAAGUUACAUGUUUAACCCAAUAUAAUGACUAUAUAAAAAGCCAGUAUACACUGAGCAUUGUUUUUUUGUUGUUUUUUUUUUUUUUUUUUUUAAGAUCAGAGUGCACUUAGAUGACGUAUCUUGAAGUCUCAAUAUUAUUAGUCAUCUUAAUUUGUGAUUUAGAAUCAUUUAAACAGUUUUGAACUAGAUACAAAGCUGCCCCUUGUUUUUUGUUUUUUUGUUUGUUUGUUUUUUCUCGGGGGGUUGUGCUUCCUUUUUUAUACCCAGUACUUAAUUAUUAAAGGUAUAAGGCAACACAGUAUAAAUUAUGUGACAUAUAAGGUAUAAACAAGUAUUUCAAUUUGUGUUGUUUUUCAGAAGGAGAAACAAAAAAAAAUGCCAUGAUUGUUCAUAGUUUAGCCCAUGGAUCAUGCUUUUAGAGUGCUUAAAUGACGUUUAAUCCAGAUUGAAGUUUGGCAUCCUCAUGGCAGUGGUAAAGACAGGAGCCAACGUGUCUAACUGGACCUUUGCAUCGCUCAAAUUUAGUGUGUUUUCUCAUUCUCCUCCAAAGGCCGCUGUUCUCUACACAGCAUCUAAAUUCUGCACUUUAACUCACUGAAAGAAGUAAUAUAAUAAACGUUAUUUUACCAGUUUGUAAGUGUUCAGCAUUUCUGCAUCUGUUCUGCCUGCAUCUGUUGUCUCUUCUCUUUUUACCUGUGCUGCUCAGAACAAAACUGCAUAUCAUCUUGAACAUAAAAGUCUAACUUGUUAUGACCUCAUGAUCUGGUCCAAAUGCACCUUGCACGACAUUAGGAAGAGGACACACUGAGAUUACUGACCAUCUUCAUUAAUUAUUUAAAACCUGUAAUACCGACCACUCACAUUAUCCCUUUACCCUUGAUAGUGUCCUUACAAAGCUUAAAAUAGCCAUGCGAUUUCUUUCAUUUUUUUUAAAGGUCUAGUAUAUUAGCUUACAUUUUUUUUUACAAAAUAUUUCUAGCUAUAUUAUGUGUUUCAAAUUACACAUCACUAAAACUAAGAUCU